UUAUUGAUUAUGUUUUCAUCCAUCUUCUAACAACAUCUCUCUAAAAUUAAAAUUGCAACCGUGUGUCGGUACAACUUGUCUAAAAAUAGUUUUUUUUUUUUUUGGGAAAAGGCAAAAUAUUUGAUUAAAGAAAGAACCAAGCAUAAAGGAGCAAGAAACCCAGAAAGUGAUUAUCGCAACGCAACGCUUGAAGAAGAAGAAGAAGAAUUCAUUCAGAGCUUAAUUACUUAAGAAACAAUUCCAUUAUUAUAAGAAUAUGAAGAACCAAGGUGGUUAUGUGCCACCAGCUUACAUUCCAUUGGGGCAAUCAGAUUCAGAUGCAAUGAGUGUAUCUCUGCACCAUGGUGAUGAUAGUAGCAACGGGUCGAAUCAAAUGCAGCCUCAAUGGUCUUCUGGAAUCUGUGCUUGUUGCGAUGAUAUGCAGAGCUGUUGUAUAGGUUGUUUUUGUCCUUGCUAUCUCUUUGGGAAGAAUGCAGAAUUUCUGGGUUCUGGCACGUUUGUGGGAUCAUGUGUUACCCAUUUUAUAUUGUGGAGUCUUAUUAAUGCAGCCUGCUGCAUAAUAACUGACGGCCUGUUUUGGGGAUUACCUGGAUGCCUUGUUUCUUGUUACGCUUGUGGCUACCGCGGGACCUUAAGAUCAAAGCAUAAUUUGCCGGAAGCACCAUGUGGGGAUUUCGUUACCCAUUUUUGCUGCCAUGUGUGUGCCAUUUGUCAAGAGUACCGUGAAAUACGCGAAAGAGCCGGGGAUUCUGAAGCUACAGUAGUUACAGCUCCGACAGUUCAGACAAUGCAACAAGAUUCAAUGCAGUAAUGCCACAGCCCUGCUCUCCAUAUCCCUUACACUGUAUGGUUUGAGGAUUACAAACUUAGGUGAAGCAUGUGGUUCAUUACACAUUACAAGUCAAUGUAGUUAUACGAUUGAUCCUCACAUUUUCUCACUUGGAGAUAAACUAGAAGAAUAUAAAACACUCAGCUGUAAAUAAAAAUUUAGUAUGUUUAAUGCCUAAUCAUAUUUUACUUCUUCA